CAGCAGAGCAGCCAUGGGAAAGUUCUCCCCACUUUUUCCGAUUACAUGGAAUCUUUUUAAAGAAGGCGAACACAGAGGAGCGGCAGAGUGGUUCUCCAGUGGAAGGAGCAGAGGUGACAGUCUGAGGGCUGAGAACAGAGAUACAGCAAGGAGAUAAAGCCAAGUUCACGAGAGAGAAAGGAACAGAGGAUGUCCAGAGCUGACUGGUCCUUCCUGGAGCACCUGCUGGAGGAGGGCCAGGAGUAUUCAACAACCGUGGGUCGUGUCUGGCUUACCGUACUCUUCCUGUUUCGCAUGCUGGUACUCGGAACUGCUGCCGAAUCUGCCUGGGAUGACGAACAAGCCGACUUCGUCUGCAACACCCUCCAACCAGGAUGCACCGCUGUCUGCUACGACAGAGCCUUCCCAAUAUCCCACUUCCGCUACUUUGUCCUCCAAGUCAUAUUUGUCUCCACGCCGACCAUCUUCUACUUUGCAUAUGUGGCUGUGAGGGCUGUGAAGGAGAAGGAAAAAGUGGAGGUUAAGGAUGAGAAGCAGGCAGAAGAAGGUCGAAGCAAGAAAGGGGGGAUCAACGCAGAAGAAAAGGAGAAAGAAAAGAGUGGUGGGAAAGGUAGAAAAACUGACAAACCUCUCCCUGAGGUGCCUAAACUGAAAGGGAGGCUGUUGGGUGCAUAUGCAUUUAGCAUCCUGUUCAAAGUCCUCCUAGAAGUUGGCUUUAUUGUUGGCCUCUGGUUCCUUUACAACGGCUUCGUCAUUGAAGCUAAGUUCGAGUGCACAGGGUUCCCGUGUCCUCAUACAGUGGACUGCUUUGUCUCUCGGCCCACAGAGAAGACCAUCUUCACCAUCUACACUCAGGUGAUCGCUGCCAUCUCCCUGCUUCUCAACCUCAUCGAGCUCCUCCUUUUGCUCCAGCUGGCCAUCUCGCAUCGGCUGGAGAAACGCUACCGAGUCGAGUACCAGGACUACCUACCUCGGGCUGAGCAGGAACCAGCGCGACAACAGACUCCAGAACUCCAAGCAGAGUUGUCAGAGCCUUAUAAAGCAGAGACACAUGUCAAACUUCCCUCACAGGGUGCAGCUGUCCACUACUCCAACUCCUGUGAGAGCUAUGGGGACAUGGCCAUAGAGGUGAACUGGGGAUCUGGAGAGAAUGGGACCGACUUGCUUCCCAGUUAUGUGAACUGCAUGGGAGCUAUGAGAACUACACAUUCUCCUAGAGUUCAUUAUAAGAAGCAUACACAUCACACUGGGAAGAAUACUAAGGGUGUCCAUAAGGGACACUCAAAACAAAAACAUUAUGUAUGAUGCAGUAAGAUGGGGUUUUGCAGUAAGAUGUGUAUAUGUAUGAAAGCUGUGCUCAAGUUUUUGGUUUUUCAGAAAUGCAAUCUUGCACACAGCACUUGACUAUCAGGAGUGCACGGUAAGAGCCCAAAAGGGGGAGAAAUGAAAAAGAACAACUAUUACGCUGUGAACUCCAUGCCUCACAGGCAGACAGACAUUCAAACAGAGAUUUACUAGAUAAAUGGACCUAUUCUAAAUGAAACAUUUUGAGAACACUCCCCAAGGCAAGGAAAAUGAGACUCCUCAAUGAGACAAGAUUAAAGUCAUAAGAUGCCUUCGUGUUACAUUUAAUGGAUUUUAUUGCAAAAUGUGAUGGUGUAAAAAAGAAAAAUAAUCUGCAGAGGGGCUACUGUGUGAGUGUUUAUAGGAGGGAAUGCAGCAGAGCCAGAUUUAAGCAUGUUCCCCUGAGAUUUGCACUGUAAACCCUGGAGUUGUUUGAAGACCCCUCCGCUCCCAGCAGCUUCGUCCACACUGUGGAAUGCACUGGUCUCUGGAUCAUGCUCAGCUCCCAGGAGGAUAAUGGCUGCGUGGAUGCAGACACGCAUGCAUGCUCACACACAAUGUCAUUUUCAACUUUCACCCAGUGAGCGUUGGUCACUCAAGUUCGGGACGUGGACUGGGAAAGGCAGGGUUGAAGAGAAGGGGAGCCAAACCAUGGGAAAUGUGGGACUGAACAUGACUGAUCAUUGCCAGCAACCAUAAUAUUUCAGCUAUGAAAGAAGAGGGAGAGAAAGCUCCACUGCGUACUGCACUCGUUGAAUAAUGCAAACACAAACAUCCAGUUUGAAAAAUCAAACCUUUUAGUGAGCUAGAGAUAGAGCUCAGGAGAUGCAUUAGUGAUUGCGCACUGAAUGGGCUGAAAGCGGUACAGAAAUGUACAAAUUCAACGAAAGGAGAUGACGAAUUAUGUGAAAACUGUAUUUAAUGUUUAAGGUAUUACAAAGAAGUACCAGUGCUAAUAUUUAUUUUUUUUGUGUGUAAAAUAAAAAUGUAAUGAAUGAA